AUGGAGCAGAAUCUGGAGAUUUGUAGGUAUUCAACACUUGAGGAGGUCGAGGGAGCUGUUUUUGAACUUAGUGAUGAUAGGGCUAGUGGUCUUGAUGGAUUCACUAGGUCUUUCUAUCAAGAGUGUUGGGAGAUCGUUUGCUAUGACAUACAUAACAUGGUGCGAUAUUUUUAUGGUGGUACAUAUUUGCCUAAGUCUAUCAUACACCCAAAUUUGGUUUUACUGCCAAAGAAGCCAAGGGUGCAAAUAUUUUCAGACUUGAGACCUAUAAGCUUGAGUAACUUUAUCAACAAGACUGAUCCUUUGAAUAAUCUAGCAUAUACAGAUGAUACCAUCAUCUUUGCCUCAUCUCAUCCGAAUUCUUUGAAGAAGGUGAUCGCAGUCUUGGGCAGUUAUGAGAAGAUCUCAUGCCAUCUUAUCAACAAGUCCAGGAGUUCCUACUAUAUGCAUGCUAAUGUAGCUAAUGCUUUGUUUCAAGCAGUAGGUGAUGUCACAAGAUUCUCUAAAGGUAAAUUCUCAUUUACUUACUUGGGAUGUCUUAUCUUCUACACUAGAAGAAGGAAGGAUUAUUAUGAAGAUCGUAUCAAGAAAUUAAAGGCAAAAAUGCAUUCAUGGAAAGGCAAGUUAUUAUCAUAUGGAGGCAAGGCUACACUUAUUACUAGUGUGUUACAAAGCAUGUCAGUACACUUGUUGUCAGUUCUUGAUCCACCUAACAAUAUUCUAGAACAUCUACAUAAGCUCUUUGUAUGGUUAUUUUGGAGCGCAAAGGAAGAAGGCAGGAGUAGGAAUUGGUCUUCAUGGCACAACUUGUGUCUUCUCAAAGAAGAAGGUGGAUUAGGGUUUAGGUAUUUUGUGGAUGUAUCUAAGGCACUAUUUGCUAAGCUAUGGUGGAGAUUUAGGACCAUAAAAUUAUUGUGGUCAUAUUGUAUGUGGAAUAAGUACUACAAGAAAAAGAUACCAACUGUGGUGCAAUAUAGAGGAGGGUCACAUAUUUGGAGGAAAAUGCUGAAUACAAGGCAGGAUGUGGAGCAUGAAGUAUGGUGGGAGAUGCAAAGAGGUUCUACCAAUGUGUGGCAUAAAAAUUGGACCAAACUUGGGUUCUUGUAUCAUGUAGUACCUCCAGAUUUUCCUAUUAAUCAAGACAUCCAAGAGGUGGCAGAUUGGAGACAAGGUGAAUGGUGGAAUGAGCAAUUGUUAGAGCAAACAUUUCCUAAGGAGAUAGUUGAUCAUAGUAGGCACAUUGCUGGGAAAAGCCAUGGUGGAUGCCAACUGCCUCAGGAAAGUUUUCUGUGA